AGCCUCUAGCGUCAAAACUAGUAAAACUUUACGGCGACGACAGCCCGUCUAGACCUCGUCUUGUUGUUUCCAACGAUCGCUUAACGAGCUGUGUUUCAAGACGGGGUCGAUUAAACAUUCUAAUACUUCUUCGCGGCAGUGGUGAGUCUUUCGAGCUUUGCCCACCCGCACGUCCGUGCGCGGCUGGAGAAGCACAUGGGAUCAAACCUGGUGCGGCUCACGGACAAGAACUACAUGACCGAAUUGGAAGAAAGAAUUAGAGCUGUCAACGAAGAAAAUUUGAACAAAAGAAUCUCUAGCAGAGUGCUUGAUGAGAUGGAAAGACUGAAAAGAUUGAUCCUUGUUGGAAAAACCCCGCUAAAGGAGUGUCCUCCUGAACUUUUCCACCACCCAGUAUUUGUGUUCUGGAGAAUGGUUAACAGGGAAGUUGCAAGAGCAUCAAAAAAACGUGCCGAUGCCUAUUACAGGAAACUGAAAGCUUCCCAGAAAUUCGAUCAAUCGAUGGAUGAGGAAGAUGCCGGCGAGGAAGCUGAAGAGGAAUGUGAACAAAUGACUGCCGAACAGCUACUGGCUAAAUGUCGUGAAGAAAUAGAAGAACAAAAACAGUUAGACAUAGAAAAGGGCGUACGAUUUACUGACGAACAAUUCGCACUCAUGAAAUAUGAAACUAACGACGUUAAGACAUUGAAAAAUUUAACGACCGUCGAUGAGCUUUAUGCGUUGGCUGACAAAAUUAUUGGAUCGAAACGUCUUUGAAAUCGCACUUGAAGAGAAAAGAUUUAUAACAUUGAUAUACUUUUUUUUUGUUAUGACUUAAAGUUGAACACCUACUACAUUUUAAGUGAUAAAAUUUAAUCACGUAUUGCGUGUAAGAGAAACAUGUUUUGUAUUUAAUAUAGAAAAA